UUAAGAGAAAAAUAGAGAGGAGGAAAAUAGGUUGUCAAGAUGGCCUGAUGCUGGAUUUCUAUUAUUGUUCAAUAUUUGAGUUUGAGAAGAAUACACCCAGUGAUGUUCAUAAUGCUGGUGGCUGUAUUUUAUUUUCAGUAAACAUUAAUCUGCCAAUUAUUUCCUCAAAGAAUUGCACAUUCCUAAAGAUGAUGUCUUCCAAUCACCUUUUAUUACAAGCAUUUUAAAACCCAAGGUUGUUGAAGACACAGAAAAGCAGCAAACCCUCACAUAUGAGCAAUUGGGACUAGGUUAUAUAUUAUAUUACCCAUAUAUUUUUGCUUUGUGUUCUAGACCAAGAUGUGUACUAAGCAUGGCCCUGUACUGUUGAAAAUAAACUUAUCAGCGCUAAACACUGUUUCUAAACUAUCUCAAACAUAUUUUUGGCAUUUCUGAACAGUAAUUUCCUCUAAUCAGCCAGCAGACAUAUCAAUACUGAUCUAUCUUCCAAUCUGAUGUUUUGCUCAGGCUCUAAUUAUUGAUGUUAUUGUUUUUUCUUUUCAGAUAUUUAUAGUUUGCUGCAGUGUGUUCAACACAAAGGAAAAUCAGACAAAUUGGAUUAUUAUUAAAACUAAUGUGGGGUCCUACAUUUUUUUCAGUGGCACAAACAACUGACAUAAUAUUGACAACCACACGACUGUCACUGUUGCUACAAACGCUGAGGUUCAAUGAUGCACUGAAAAGACCUUUGCCAGCUGGUGGGCAGUCUUUUUUUUAUCGAAAUAAGAAAAAAAAACAUACCUGCCUAGCACUGCCCUGAUUAAAAGUUUGGCCUGGUGUGACUCUGCUAACAACUAGCAAGGCCUUAACAUUAUGGGAUGCAGGCAUACAGUGUACUCUGCGGCCUGGUGUUUACUAACGUCAGGCGCCACUAGUGUCUCAAACACAGAAAAGUUUUAUUUAGUAAUAAAAUAACGAACAAAAAUGUUGAUCGGAGAUUUUGUUUGAGCGACUGGUCUGCAUUCUACUAUUAUUAUUUUCUAAAAAAUUCAAAUCAUUGUUGGGUACAGCUUUGCUGUUUCUCACCGCUUGUGAGCUGAACACAGAAAAUGUCUACCUACCGUAACAGAGCACCUAAAUAACCCAUCAUGAGACUGGAUCCUUGUUGAGCCCCAGACAGAGCCCCAGCAGGAAAAGCAGCUGUGAUGAAUUUAAAAAAUCCAGGAACAGAGCCCAGAGCAGACGAGAGGAGCAGACUGGACUGGCCACAGUGAGAACUUGGAGCUUGUGGACUAGCGAUGGACAGCUGGACUCUUCAGGGGGACAGCUACUCCUUCCUCCGCAGCGCGCCACGCACCUUUUCCCUGUGCCAUCGUGACGGCACGCCCAAUCACGUUGAAAUCUUUGACAUCAUCAACGUCCCUACUCAGCGCAGCGCCAUCUCCGAGACCACUUGCCUGUGUGACAUUUUUGGAGACGAUUGUGAGUCGCCCUCCCUCUCGAGCAGCCCCGCUGCAGUGGCCUUUGUCCCUUCCCAGAGGGAGGUGGACGGGGGGACAGCUGCUGCAUCACCCCUGGCGGAUGAUCUGAACGACUCCUCAGGCUCAUACCACACUGCACAGGGCUCCAGUGAAGGAGAGGAGGGUUUUGAAGAUUCAAGAGAAAGGCUUAACAGCCCCCUGUUGCAGAACACGUCUUCAGAGAGGAGGCAGCCAGAGGACGAGGGACUGAGCUCAGGGCAUCCAGACAUUUUUGAGGACAGUAGCCCAAAUUUAGAACCAAAAAGCCAAUCACCAGCACCUCACCUUAGCACAGCUAGCCCACCAUCUGAAGUCCUGAACACUGGUGAGAGGACCCCCUCUCCUGGACAAAACAGUUCCUAUACCAUCAGUCCACAGGGAAGAGCGUCAUCCUUGUCAUCUUCCUCAGUGGAAAAAAGACGUUCACCAUCAUCUUCACCUAAUCCAAGAAAAGCUCAUUCAGAAGCUGAACCGGGGAGACUCACUCCCUCUCUCAAAGACAGGCAUAGCAGGUCCUCUCAUCAAUCAUUAACUCCAAGUCCCUCCUCUGAGCCUAGGAACUGUGUCAGCUCAUCUUCCACUGAAUCAGUGAAUGUCCAAUCCUCACCUGACUGCAGAGAAGCACAAAACUCACCUGGGCUAAGGAGCAGCUACUUUAACCAACACGGCAGUCCCUCACCUGAGCCCACACCCACUCCAGAUUUUACAGAAUCAGCUUUUGAAUCUAGAUCCAUUCUUUCAUCUCCUUUACUGUCAUCCAGUAAUACAGAAUUGUCAGCCCAGUCAAGAGAAACGUUGGUUUCCCCUGAGCUGAAGAACAGGCCUUACUCCCCCAAUACUCAAGCAUCAUCUCCUUUUUCUGAGCUUAGAGGGAGGGUCUCACUUCCUGAUCUUUUCAGUAGAGGCUCCACGCCUGAUAUAGAAGAGCCUCCCUGCUCUCCUGAGCUGAUUUCAGAUCCCUCCACUGCAGGAAGAGACAGCACAGCUACUCCUGAGAACCAAAACGCAAGGUUAUCAGUUGAACCAGGCAGCGCUGUUUCUACACCUGCCCCCCGAUACACUCCCCCGUCACCUGUCAUUUCAAUAGCAACAUCUCCUGAACUUGUGGAGAGUAGUGUCUCGCCUGAAUUAAGACACGCAGCUCCCUCACCUGGCCUGCUCAGCACUGCUUCUCCCGCUACGACCGGGACAAGAACUCCCUCUCCUGGCCCCUCACCUAAAAUAAGACACAUUUCAACACCCUCUGAAAUCAGGACCCAGGUGUCUUCGCCUGUGGUAAGUUAUAGUUUAUCUCCAUCACCUGAAGUUAGGAGCAGCUGUUCUCCCAUAGAGCACAGACACACUGCUCCCUCACCUGAAAUCAGGAUUACAGCAUCCUCACCUGAGCUUCACUUUGACUCUGCCUCAUUAAGAGGCCUCACUUCAUCCCCUCAUAUCACAGGGAUUUCUUACACUGUUGUUCAACCUGAAGACAGGGACUCCCCCCCAUUUCCUGAGCUCUCCCGUCUCUCCACCCCUAAUCCUGCCAGGACACCUGUGUCCCCUGAAGCAAGGAGCUCUACCCAAAGCAGAGACAGUGUACAGAGCAGUAUAGCAGAGUCCACUGGUACACCACGAGCCUCGCCUCAUAUAUCAGGCUUCACAAGCCCCGGCUUGCAGCCUGAAAUAACUUUGUUGCAUCGACCCAUUUACCAAACACCUUCACCUCAGCCGAAGCAUCACACUCCCUCACCUGAGCCAAGAUAUCAAACCCCUUCAUCUGACAAGCAACAAAGUCCCUCACCUCAGCACCUCAGAAGUAGGGAUCCGUCACCUUUUUCCCAACCACCUGAGCAGAACUCACCAGCAACCCUCUCCACAGAGUGCCACCCUCACUACACAGAGCCCACUCCUCUGAGAAAUACACCUGAAGUUGAAAGAGAUUCCUCUUCAGUUGAUACUUCAGAAAUACAGUGUCCCACACAUUUGGCAAAAGACAACGUGUCGCCCUCAUUUGAAUUAGACAGGGGAGACAAAUCAGUUGUUGCUGAAAUCAAAAGUGGUUCACCAGUGGUUGCAGUUUGUUCCCCUGUAUUUACUUCACCUUUCUUAGCAGAGGAAAAGAUAGAGAGCUCACUGAAACAAGAAAGCCUAGAGAGAGAGGCAACACCACAGGAAGUAAACAUUCAGGAGAGCUCAAGUUUAACCUCCUUCUCUGAGGAGAAACAAGACAUUAGCCAUACCUUUUCUCAGAGGGAGGACACUUAUAAUAAUCCCCCAACGAAAAUCAAGUCUCCUUCCCCUAAUCUUCUGGUCUCUAAGGACAGGAGUCCAACCAUUUCACCUGUUAGUAAGGCUACCACCAACUCACCAGUGCAGAGACUGGAAAACCCACAGCCUCAAUUUACUACUUACUCCCUAACUUCUGAAAGCAGCAGUUCAUUAAAAUCAGCUCGUACACCUGACCUCUCGAGAAGACAACUGUCAGCCCAAGUUAGACGUGAAAACAGACAGAGGUUCACUGAGGACAUGGCCAACCAUGUACACAGAAGGAGGACUCCCUCUCCACCACUCACCAGGUUUACACCUGUGCACAUCAUAGCCCCUGAGAAGCCAUACAGACAGUGGCAGAACAGAAGCCGUAGCCCCUCUCAGGUUGUAGCCUCCUCACCAAGUGGUAAUUUAAAGAAAGCAGUGACAAAUAGGGAAAGCCCCGAUGUUGCCCCCGUUGACAAUAAUAGCCAGGCCCACUGGGUCAGACUAGGAGGGCAAUUGGAGAUGGAGAGGGAAAUGCAGCUGGAGGAGGAGAGAGAGACAGGCAGGGAGAGGCAAAGGGAUAGGGAGAUGGAGAGAGAGAGAAAGAGGGAGGAGCAGGCUCCUGAAAAGGGGGAGGGGUGGCAGGGGGACGCCAGUUACAGAGGGGAACAGGUUGAGCUGUCAUUCAGUGCCAGGAAUAGAAAAGGGCCUGCGAGUCGCAGUACAGCUCCCACAAGCAGAGAGACCCGUCAGGGACUGCCAACAGUGCAUUCCUAUUCAGAGAGCUUGCUUGCCACCAGACAGCUACAGCAACAACAGAGUCUUCUGAGACUUGCCUCUCAACAAGACGCCAGGGGUGGUGGUCCUGGCAGACGGCUUCAACCUCCUGCACACCAGAACAAGAGGAGUGCUCCUGGACGCGUGGCCACCAGCAGGCCCUGCCGGAGUUCCAGCUCCAGCAUGGGAAGUGAGCUUGAUGAGGCAGAUAAUGAGGUGAAAUGGUUUACAGACUUGGCUUUCCACAGCCUGUCAAGCCCUGAGGUAGAUUACCUUGAUAUGUACAACUCUAGUCACCGUUCAUCUACCAACAUUUCUCAACCAUCUACCCAGGAGAGCCCCGCCGGGGUCAGUGCUGCCUGGCCGGCCUACGCUGACUUCCGGGCUUCUGCUCCAAAGCUGGACAAUGAAGAGCUCUCCUUCCAGCAAUCAUCUGCAUACUACUCAGAUGGCCUAGAUCCAUCAAGGCGCUAUGAGAUGGGCAGCUUUGAGUGCGUAGAUGUGGCAGUGGAAAGAGAGGACUCCAGGAAGGUGAGAAGAGGAGUGCCAAAGAGACAGAUCCAGCUGAAGAGAAAGAAUAAUGCUGAGGGGAAGCAGGAUGAAAGUAGUGAAAAUAGUAGUCCUGGGAUACCAGUGAUGAUGGAAAGCCCCUCUCUUGAGAGUCACCCCAGAGAGACAUUUGUGAGACAACACAGUACACCAGCAGCAACGCAAGAUUGCUACCCCUCUGAGCGCAGCCCUGAUCCCAAUCAAGAAAAUGAAAGAAAAUUCAAACUCCAGAAAUCUACGUCCCUGGAUGAAACAUGCUCUAAAACCAAGAUGGCCACAUGUGUCAUCAAGAGUGUGUUGUCCAAGAAGAUGCAAAGUGAUGAUAAACAACCUGAUGAGCAGGCAGAGGAAGAAGUGAGCCCUGCUUUUGAGAAAAACAGCCCACCAAAAGAGAGUUCACUGGCACCACUGAAAGUGUCCCCAAAACCUGACACACAUAACCUGUGUUCCAGUUUUCAGUCAGAUUAUAGUCUUUCAUCUGAGGGUCUUCCUGUGAGAAGAGAACCAAGCACAAAGGAUGGGGUCAAACCACCAAAAAGCUUUGGAGUGAGAUCCGGCAACAGGCCAAGUUCAUCCAGCAGCAGCAGAAGUGUAACUUUUUCACAGACUGACAGUGAAGAGGCUGAUUCUCAGAGCAGGAAUGCAGGCUCAUUGAGAUCUGAAAUGAGGUCAGAAUUGAAAGUGCCAUUUGAUAGUAAACAGUCCAGAACUAGAGUGAAACAAGCAGAUGACAUUAAAAGCAGGGACGAAAAGGAGGAUGGUGACUCAGCAAAUGCCACUGCCGGGAACACAGGAGCUCCUUCUGCCACCGGAGCCAGCAGCACACAGGCCAGGAUGACAAACAGAGACCAGGAAUGCGAAAACACAGAGGACCAUAAACAACCGCAACAGAGUGACAAGACCGCCUACAUGUCAAAAGCCACAGAGAAAAAGAAAGCAUCUCUAAGUGUCUGUCUCACACCUGAGGCAGAAAACAAGCCUUCACCAGAUAUGUCUUUCAGAGAAAAGGAAGAAAGGGUAGAGAUCAGUGUGGAUGAGAAAAUAGAGGAAGAUGAAGGAAAUGGCACUAAUAAAGCUAAGGCCCCCAUUCACAAAGUUAGAGAUGUGAGGCGGCUCGUAAAAAAUACAUAUAAUCUGUCUUUCAAGGCAACUAGUGCUGUAAUGCCAGCAGAUGUGACUGAAGAAAGGACGGAAAUUCUUAAUGAAGAAAGGAGGGAAGAGGUCAUAGCAGAAGAGCGGGAAGUAAGGCAAGAAAUGAGGACGGAAGAGAGGAGGGAGGAAAGAGAAGAGGAGUACAGGGUGGAGAGGAAAGAGGAACAGAAAGAGGAGGUAAAGGAUUCAAAGCCACUGACCUUAUCUCCACCUCUUCAAAGCAAAGGAAAGCCUCUGUCUCGUCUGCAGCCAAUGCAAAUAGAAUACAAGGCUGUUUGUUGGAAAGAAGACAAAAAUAAACUGUUAUGCAGCAAGAAAGACCCAGAAAACCCAGGUGACAAACCCCAGGCAUCCCCAGGGCUUGUCACUGAGGUAAGCAGAGAAUCAAAGGCAAACACACAGAAUUACACAACAACAGACGCAACAAUUGCCAGGCCAUGUCAACAUGAUCUAAACAUGGCGGCAGAAACACAAGACACUGUGACAGAAAUGCAUAAAAUGCCAGACAAAGAGGGCAAACCUGUGGCAGUUAGAACAGACAGAAAACCUCCCAUGCUCGGAAGCCUUCCCAAACUGCCCAGUAAGGAGAGAGAGGUGUCCACUGCUGUAGUGUUGAUAAGGGAUGGGUCCAGCAAGACCAAGACAUCUGCAUCUCCAGCCCAGGAAGAAAGUCCCACCCCACUCCAAGUCCCAGCUGCUUCCCUUUCACCCGAACCCAGUACCCCUGGGAGUACCCCCGGCAGCAGCAGUGGCCACUCAGUUUCUAUGUUAUUGAAGGAGAAAGGCUACCAAGCUGACAUUGGAGCAGUAGUGGGCGACGGUCAGAAUGCAGCUGCAGGGAAAGGGGUGCCCUGCAAGCAUGUGAACUGCCUGGAGAUCCCCCUUCAGACCGCCGUGCCCUCAGAUGGUGGGCAUAUCGAGUCACAUAGAGAGAGGACAUUCUCCUCAUCAUCUGUCACGUCUGGCCCGUCAGCAGUGCCUGAAAACACAGACAACCAUACAAAGACCACAGAGGACGAUGGAGUUAAACCUACAAUAAAAGACACAGCAAAUCAAAAAAGUGCUCUUCCACAAGGGAGUACACUGGAACAGACACCUCUCACCAAACAGAAGGAUCUAGGUGAUUUUGAAGCAGUGAAAAGAUUAGAUCCAACUUUCCCCCCAAGGUCUCCUGCAAUAAGAAGAUUCAGACCACAGCCAAUUGAGGUUAAGUCACUAUCUAAAGACACACAGAAACAAGACAUGUCCACAAACUCCACAGGCAACAACAGGCCUCAAACCAUUGAAGUAAAAUCUAUAGCUAAGAAUUCUCAAAAGCCAGCUGUGCCUCCGAAACCAAGUUGUAAAUUUAAACCUGCAGAUUUAGGAGCAACGCCAAAUGAAGCGCAGAGACUGUCAGCGACAACAUCAACUGUAAAACCACAAGGUGAGGAGAGAUCACAGACAAUUGUGGUGUCCUCACCGACUAUCUAUAGAAAGAUCUCCAAUGAGUCCACAUUGACAUCACACUAUACAAGAAAACUAGCUGUGUCUGCAGUAUCCAGCCUCAAACCUCCACCUAGCAAAACAACAGCAACUUCUGUCUCCAGUCUCUCAAACCAGGCAACAGCAGCAUCAGAGACAGAGGAAUCUAAUGACAGAGGACAGCAGCAACAACAACCGGCUGCCUCACCUCAAAGCUCCAGAAACACACAAAGACCUACAACCUUAGCACCGACAUCAGGCACUAGCCAGAGUUUAACUUCAGCACCAGGUCUAGUUUGUGACCCAGUAGCAAACCAAGUCACUGAAGCUGCAGCCAACCAGCCAACCCAGCCAGCUGUUAUGGAUCCAGACAUCCAACCACAGUAUCCCAGGAUGGCAUACCCUCAUGAACAAGCUAUGCCAGUAACUUCAAACAAUACAAAACAACCCGCUGCUGUUCCCACAACACAAGUGCCAGGAUACUCACACCAGCCAUGCCGCAGAUCGCUGUCCAGCGAGCGCCCCCAGAGGACAGAUGACCUGCGUUUUUAUGCCUCAGAUGACCCUCCAAGCUAUGAUGAAAGAGAGAGCUUCAGUCCCCUCAUGCUCCCAGAUCUGACCCCGAGGAGGUCAAAUCGCUAUCAGCCCUCCUCCCGCCCUCCUCCCUGCUCCUGCACGGCUGGCUGCCCCUCCCACCCUGGUCUCACACCUCCUCACCAUCACCGCAGCCCCCACAACCUCACCCCACCCGCCCCAGCACACUCUCCAGGCCAGGUGCUGCCUUACCCAGUGGCUCAGCCACCUCUCCGUCCCCACCAGUGCAGACCUGACCCUCAGCCAAUGAACUACCAGCCCAGCUCUCCCAAAUCGAGUCCUCUUGGUCCAAGCCAGCCACCGGCCCUGUACCAGCCGCUCCACCAGCCUCCUCCCUGCCCUCCCCACCCCUCGCUCAUGCAGGCCUGUGCUGCUGAACGGCCAUUGCAGCCACCCCAGCAUAUUGACCCUCGACGACCCCCUGUCCACAGAUCCCCCCAGCAGCAGCCUCCAGGCAUGGCCGGGGCUCCUUACAGCGAUCCUGGCCACAGCCACUCUCCUGGCCUUCCUCCUAUGGACCCCCAGUACUUGUGUGGCCCUCAAAGCCUGGGGCCGUCCUACGGUUCUGAAUAUGGAGGUGACAGCUCCAGUUUGUACUCAGAGAGCAGCUAUGGACAGACGCCUCGCAGAGUGCUACUAGAUCCUGAGACUGGGAAGUAUUUUUAUAUCGAGGUGCCUGUCCAGCCACUGAGGAAAAUGCUGUUUGACCCAGAGACCGGUCAAUACGUGGAAGUGCUCAUCCCACAGCAAGCAAUGUCACAUUCAGGCCUGUAUCCUCCUUCAGCAGCCCCUUACCCAUCUCUCCACAACCCCAACAUGUACGCCCCUGCUCCACAGUAUAUGCCCUAUGCGGCUCCUCCUCCUCCCCCAGCCCACCCCCAGGCUCAGCCCCAGCCACCCCGCUAUCCGGAGGCUUCUGCUGCAGCCACAAUGCACCCAAGCGGGCCUGGGGUCAGCUACAGGAGUCACUCUGGUCAGGGAUCCAAGCCAGAGCCCCAGAAUCAUCCACCAAUGGACCAGAGCUACCUGGAGAGUAUGUAUUACGUCCCUACAGGGAUGAAUGCGAGCCCCAAUCCCACCCCACCAGACUAUUACCACAAACAUCCCCCCAACCUACCCCCAACAGGGGGGAAAAGGUCCUGAAAUAGAGGAUAGAGGCCGCCUUCCUGGAGCCUGUUGGGUUUUAAAUACACAGUGUAUAAAGGGGGUGUCUAAUGUUAGCCUGUAAUGUUAUUUGAGUUUUCACAUUGCAACUGAAGACCGUGAUUCUUUGGUUGUUGUUUAUUUGCUGCUGCUUAUUCUGUGCUAGGCUACUUUAACAGAAAAAUGAUAUAUGAUUCUUGAGUUAAUGGUUGUGAAAACACAAGAGAGUAAGUCUUUUCCAUGAGGUGUUCUUAAGAUUAUUACCUAAUUUCAAAAUGAUCUAUUAAAGUUUUUGUCAUUUUUGAUACAGGUUAAGAACAUCAUAUUGUAAGUUCACUAGUAAGGCACAGACAAUAUAAAUCAAUAGGUUUACUGAUUUACUGGUGUGUACUUUAAUAACAAAUAUCUCCAAAAAACUUGAAAAUACUGUUUUGAAAGAACCUCAUAUUUAUUUUAUUAUUGUUUUUCUCUAAUAUUGGAUGAGUGAGUUUAUGCACAUGAUGUCUGCAACAACAAUGCCAAUAAAAUGUGUCACAUAUGCA